AUUAUAUCUUAGUCCGUGGUAUAAAUCGUGGUUUCAUCACUUUCAUCAUAUUGUUCUAUAGACCUAUUGCCUAUAGUGCAUUAGUGCCAAUGAACAAAUUGAAAUUGUUUUCCCUUUUUAUAAACACUGACUUUUCACAUGUUUCAACUACCUAUUUAGAUGAAGAUAGAAGAUAACCUUGUAUUUUGGACUUGAGUCAAAAACUCUCAUUUAUAUUUAUAUUUUAUACCCAAUAUAAUAUAAUUAAUGUGUCUAAAUGUUUAAUCUAUAAUCUAAAUACGACUUACGUGUUAUGUGAAUCUAAUAAUACGCCCAUGAUGUUUUGUGAAUCAGACAUAAGUCAAUGUCAAUCAAUCGUGAGAAUUAAUUGGAUUAUUAUCGGCAUGCGCCGUGCUUUCAUUUAAGUAUUUCGCAACAUUUAGUCGAUAAUCAAUUUGUAUCUGGACCAACGGAGGUUAUAAUAUUAAUACAUGUGACGCAGAGAAAAACUGAGAACAACUUUGACACAGUAACGGCAAUAUGUUACUCAAUGUUGUUAUAUCGUAACGCACAGAAAUCGCACCUUUCUAAUUAAUCAGCUUUUUAACAUCACAGUGAGUCGAUCAGUAUGUCAAUUAGAGGCUCUGUUUGGAAACCAAAUUUACUAAUGGCAUCAUCAAGUUGUCGGGCACAAACAGUAUGCCGGACAUUCUCAAGGCGGUGCAAAAAAUCAUUAUCAAAUGAUUCAUUACUAUUAUCUAUUUUAAAGAAACGCACCAGAAAUUUUUUUAAAAAACAAGACUUAGGCGUUCAUAUUGCAAGAACUAGAAAAGUAAUGAUUGCUUGUAAAAAAAUGAUUACUGCAGUCAAUAAGUUUAAGCAACAGUUGGCUAAACACAGAAAAAACUUGAUUAUGUGUGUGGCUAUGGCUUUUACAUUUGAUUGGUAUAAAGAAAGAAUAUGUGUUGAUGAGCUUAUCAGGCUGCGUCAAGAAUUUGGAAUUGUUAAAAAAUUAAAUAAACAAUCCACCUCAAAUAAUAUUAUUCAAAAUGAGCAAAAUAUUAAUAUUUCUCAAAAACCGGUUUCUAAUAUUAAUGAAUUAAAUUGUUCUAUGUCUAAGACAGAAAAUAAUAAAAAUCAAAUUGAAUGUUCAUAUAACAGUUGUGAUUGUCCUAGAUGUAGAAACAUGAGUGAGGAAGGAUGGGAACCUUUUACGAGUGGUUCUUAUUACAAUGCUUGGAGAAAACCUAAUGUUGAUUACCCAGGUCAAAAUUUAUAUAUUUACAAAGUGCAUGGAUUAUUUAAUGAUAUAACAGCAUUAGACUUCAUGCAAGUGCAGUUAGACCUUCAAUAUCGAAAAGAAUGGGAUAAUAUGUCUGUAGAUUUGGAUAUUUUUGAUUCAGAGCCUCUUACACAUAGUGAUCUCAUUUAUUGGGAAUUUCGUUGGCCGAAAUGGUUUCAAAAUCGUGAUUAUGUGUUUAAACGACGCUACAAAAUUGAUGAAGAUGAAAAAUUAAUGUUAAUUGUUUGUGAAAGCAUUGAACACCCUGAUUAUCCUGAACAGAAUAAUAAGUGGAGAGUAAAAGAUUACUGGUCAUAUAUUGUCAUUAAACCACAUAAAGAUUUUGAUAAGCCAGGAGUUGAGUUUUCAAUCACUUACUUUGAUGACCCUGGAGUUACGGUUUCAAAUUAUCUCACAUCAUGGUAUCAAUGUAAAGGGUUACCUUCAUUUUUAAACGAUCAAAGAUUAGCUGCAUUAGAAUUAACAAAACGUCGCUUUGAAGAGAAUAAUAUUUUAAAACCAGAAAAAACUAAUAUAGAAGCCAAACUAGAUCAACCACAGACACAAACAUCUUGGAUUUCUUGGAUUUUUGGAUACUUUUUAUUUUAAAUGACAUUGAAUAUAAGUUAGUUAUUAAAUAGUCAAUUAAAAAAAAUGUUAUUUGUGCUAAACUGUAAAUAAAAUAAUAACUACUGUUA